UUGUUUAAAUCAAAAUGAAAAACCAAGAACUCGUGGACUAUUUGAUGUCCUGUGGCGUCUGCAAGGUUUGUCAGUUACGUUAUCUUAGGGCACGCGGUUCCGAGUACAAUGAUAUCCACAAAUCUCUCCAGCGGCUGGGAGUAAAAGUGACUGAAGAUCAGGUAGAGGAUGAAGAUAAUGUCAUCUCCACAGACGAACAGCCGCUCAAGAAGCCCCGUCUAACCCACUGCUCAACCUGUUUGGGCAUCUUCUCCGAGGACUUUCAGCGGGAGCUGAUCGAGGGCAUCAUCGCUUCGGAAUUUGGCAAAUAUGAUAGCGAGGGCAUCGUUUUGGCCAUUACAAUGCCCAUGAGCCUGCAGCUGCGACAGCUCUCCAUGUGGUUUGCCCUCCAGAGGAAGUUUGGAUCCACUGUUCACAGCAAUUCCCCGCCAGAUGUGCCCAUCAAGGAGGCGGUGAAGCUGAUUCUACAUCCCAUAAUAUGCAAAAAGCUGGACAAGAAGUACGAUGCCAAUGGACUGGUGAUCAGCAUUGAUCUGCGACACAAGGUGGAGGAGGAAGAGGUGGACAAACUGGUGGAACUGAAUCGUGCGGCCUUUCCCGGCAAGGCAUUGAGACGCGUUGAAAUCUCCCGUGGAUUGCUGGAGAAGCAAUACCAGCCGUCACGUGUGAAGGCGGAGACGUUCGAGAAGUAUUUGCCCAUUCCGCCCCCAGCUGUGGACGAGUCCCUCAGUCUCAAGUCCGUGGAUCUUCAGGGUCCCAUGGUCUGUGUGGCAGGCCGGUACCGGAAGCUGAGCCGCGAGCUCUCCCACACCCCAUGGCUGCUGCAAGGAGUGCGGCAGAUGGAGGACAGCAUCGAGGAGAUUAUCAUACGGAGUGUGGGACCGCAUUUCACAGAGACCGUGCCAAAGAUCACCUUCAUGUCCAGCGGAAGGGAGGAUGUGGAUGUGCGUUGCCUGGGCAAGGGUCGUCCCUUUGUUCUGGAGAUACCCAAUUCCAGGAGAAGCACACUGACAAGAGAGCAGGCCCUGGCCAUGGAACAAGCAGUGGAUACAUCUGGCAAAGUAUCCAUACUCAAUCUCCAGGUGGUGCCCCGUGAGCAGGCGAUGAACAUCAAGACGGGCGAGGAGCAGAAACGCAAAUAUUAUCGCGCAUUGUGUGCCCUCAAAGAGCCCGCUACGUUGGAAAUGCUUCAAAAACUGCAGAUCUCCGAGAGCUUUGACAUUCAACAGAAGACUCCCAUAAGGGUCCUGCAUCGUCGGCCGCUGCACACACGACCUCGCACAAUCUACAGCGUAAAGGCGCGACUGCAACGUGACAAUCCCCUGGUGCUGGUCAUCGACAUAGUCACCCAGGCGGGCACUUACAUCAAAGAAUUGGUUCACGGCGAAUUCGGCAGGACCACGCCUUCGUUCUCAUCAAUUAUAGGCAAACCCAUAGAUAUACAGGCCCUUGAUGUGGUGGGCAUUGAUCUGGACUGGCCGCCCGAGGUGGAUAAUUCUGUUGCCCAAUAAAAGUUUUUUGUACAAAAAUUA